AGGUAAUUUUAAAGGGUAUUACCAGCACCUUCUCCUCGCUUGCACAAUGAGUGCUGGCACCCCCAAAUCCUUACCAUCAUCGGGGCAGAAAUCUAUCCAGGAGAUUUGCCAUCCUCUGUCUGCCGAGGAAUCUAUCCUCACACCCAGCCCAGAUGUAGGGAAUACAACCAGCAGCAUCGGAGAAAGGGACUUGAGUCUACCCAAUGGGACACCAGUGGACACAUCCAGUCCUGCUUCCUCCUCCUCUUUGUUAAAUCGGUUGCAGCUGGACGAUGACAUGGACGGGGAGACGCGUGAUCUCUUUGUUACAGUUGAUGACCCAAAGAAGCACGUGUCCACCAUGGAGACAUAUAUCACCUACAGAGUGUCAACCAAGACCACCAGAACAGAGUUUGACCUGCCAGAGUAUUCAGUACGGCGACGUUACCAGGACUUUGACUGGCUGAGAAACAAGCUGGAGGAGAGUCAGCCUACCCAUAUAAUUCCACCCCUCCCUGAGAAGUUUGUCAUGAAGGGUGUGGUGGACCGGUUUUCAGAGGAGUUUGUAGAGACCAGAAGAAAAGCUCUGGAUAAGUUUCUAAAGAGGAUAGCAGACCACCCUGUCCUUUCUUUCAAUGAACACCUUAAUGCCUUCCUUUCUGCCAAGGACCUGAAUAAAAGGCAAGGUCUGGCCCUGUUAACCAAGAUGGGCGAGUCAGUGAAGUAUGUGACUGGAGGCUACAAGCUAAGGGCACGACCACUGGAGUUUGCAGCUAUGGGAGAGUACUUGGAUGUGUUUACACAGAAGCUGGGUACCAUUGACAGGAUAGCACAGAGAAUCAUCAAAGAGCAGUCAGAGUAUCUUGUGGAGUUGAGGGAAUAUGGCCCCGUGUACUCUAGCUGGGCUGCUUUUGAGAAAGAGCUACAGGAGCCUCUGGAGGGUGUGGCUGGCUGUGUGGCUAACUGCUGCAGUGCUCUGGAAGAGCUCACUGAGGACAUGAGUGAAGACUUCUUACCUGUACUCAGAGAGUAUGUUCUCUACAUUGAAUCCAUGAAGAAUGUUUUGAAGAAAAGGGACCAGGUCCAAGCAGAAUAUGAGGCCAAGCUGGAAGCUGUAGCAUUUCGAAAAGAGGAGAAGACGCCGGUGCCAACAGACGUGGAGAAGUGCCAGGACCGAGCGGAGUGUUUCAAUGCCGACCUGAAGGCUGACUGGGACCGCUGGCAGAACAACAAGCGGCAGGAUUUCAGGCAGCUGUUGACUGGCAUGGCAGACAAAAACAUCCACUACUAUGAGAAGUGCCUUGCAGCUUGGGAGUCUCUUAUUCCAAUGUUACAAGACAAACAGGAAGCCAAAGCAGAAACGAACUGAGCACGUUAGUGUAGCUUUGUACUGAUUGGGAGUGAACACGAAAUGGCAGGACCUCAUUUUGAUGAGGUCAGCGCCAAAAGCCGGAAAGAGCCUCAGGAGAUGAGACUCACAGAUUCCAUUAUGACUGCAAGUAUUUUUCUUUUUUAAGUGUUUCUUUUUGUGAAACCCUUCCUUCCAAGCCAAUCACCGUAGAUGCUCUGUGACCACGCAUGCACAGUUGAAGGAGCAUCUGAUGUUCUGCACGGCUUAUUCCAAACACUACAAGCCAGCCAGACCACAGGCUCCCAAUCACACCAUCCAAAGGAUUGUGGCACAAAAAUUAAAGAGAAGUCGGACAAGCUAACGUGUACAGUACUGUUUUGUGUGUGUAUAUGUCUGUGAGACCUCAACUAAUUUGUAGUUUUGAGCAAAUGGUUGCCAUUAAUCUCUUUGCAACAUGAUGCUUGCCCUUAACGCUUCUCAUUUGAAGGAGGAGCUAAGUCAGUCAUUUUUGUUAUUUUGUCUCAGCCUGAGGAGAGUGUUUUUGAAGAUAUAUAUUUUUUUUUUACAUUCCUCUUUUUAAUGAUGUACAGGGACCUGAGGAAGCCUGUUUCAAAUGUUUUAUCAGAAGCCUUUGAAAUCAGUACACUGAAGCUUCCAUGGUGUAUCAACAUUCAUCAUUUUGCUCAUCUUCGUCAUGCUGGCUCUGGAUUCUUAAUGAAGGGGUUUUUUUUUUUAACCUCCUGUUUGACCUCGCUGAACAUUUCGUUGACUUUUGUUUCAGAGUGAUUGUCACUUAGCCGAGAGCCUGUAUGCCAGGUUUACUACUUGUUGGAUUCUGAUGGUCUGUCAAAAACUUUCUUGAACACUCAGAUUAUUUAACACCCCCUUGUUAUAUAUGUAAUGAACACAUGUUGGACACAGAAUGACAAUACUUCAGAAACUGGGAUGUUAAAUUUCCCUAAAUGGUAAUAAAGUGUAAAUGCAAUGUUAUAAAGAAUCUUCUGUAAAGAUAUCCCUUUGUAAGCUGUGUUUGACCACUGUACCUGAAAGCAUUUUAUAGAGUGUUGAUUAAGGCAGUUAAAUGCAGUAAAUCAUUUUAAUAUGGCCUGUAAUGAAUUAGUAUAACAGUCAAUACCAGUGUUACACAUGAUAAAUGUAAUCAACAUGGC